CCGAGAGAGUCGGCCCUCCCCUUUCUGGACUUCUGGACUGUGCUACAGUUCAUCCAGGAAAAUCGGACACAGCGUUCUUCAGCUCCUCUCUCAGACAAGAUGAAUCUAGACGAGUACUUUGAAAGGAUUUGCUUUAAAGGGCCGGUCCACAGAGCAGACUUGGAUACACUGAAUCGUGUGCACAUGAACCAUGUUCUGUCCAUUCCAUUUGAGAACCUCAGCAUUCACUGCGGAGAGUGGAUCACGAUGGACCUGGAUGUCAUCUACGACAAGAUUGUGAGGAAAGGGCGUGGGGGUUGGUGCUUUGAAAACAACCUGCUGUUUUCCUGGGUCCUCAAACAGAUGGGCUACACAUUUACCAUGCUGGGAUCCAGGGUCUUUGACAUUUUCAGUAACCAGUUCAGCAGUAAAAAAAACCACCUAAUCAACAAGGUUGACAUUGAUGGUGUGUCCUACAUUGUUGAUGUCAGUUAUGGGGUAUAUGGGCAGAUAUGGCGCCCCCUGGAACUGACCUUGGGGAAAGAACAACAACAAGAACCUGGAGUCUUCCGCUUUGUGCAGGAGGAGGGAAUGUGGGUCUUGGAGAAAAGGGGAAGGAAGCCCAUCUUUCAGAAUGAGAGUGCUUCCGACCUCCUGCAUAGUAGCGAAAUCCAAAAAUUGUACGGUUUCACACUGACUCCAUGCAGUCCCAACCUAUUCCUCGAAACCAGCAACACUCUUCAGACAUCUUCUGAAUCCGUAUUGAAGAAUAAGUCCAUCUGCUCUCUGCAGACACCAAAGGGAUUCCGUGCUCUCAUUGGCUGGAAUUACAGAGAGGUCACAUUCAGCUACGAGGAGGGGACUGACCUAGUAGACAAAAGAAACAUACCUGACGAUGAAAUAGAGAAAGUGCUGAAAGACAAGUUUAACAUCUCUUUAGAGAACAGAUUUAUUCCUGUUAAUAACCAAGGUCAUUUCACGCUGUAGCUACUACAUUACAUGGGUAUCUGUACCAUUUGGUGUAACAAAAAUGUUUCCCUCUGUUGUCUCUUUGCUUAACUAACAAGACUGCAUGUAGGAACAAUAAUAUAAGAAUAGCACACACUUAAAUUCUGACAUUAAUAAAUAUUUAUCACUAUUAAAGGGAGCAGGUCGAUUAAAGUUUGGAGCUGUUGUCUUACAAUCUAAAGGUCUCGUACAAAUCCUACUCCUGCUGCAGUACAGUUGAUCAAGUUACAGUAUUUGCUAACUGAACAAGUAAACAGCUUUUUUGUAAAACACGUAUAUAACCAGUCAUAUAUAUAUAAUCAACCAGUAAAUUCAAC